AGGAUCUUCGCACACUACGUACAGAACAUAGCUGUGGAUAUACCAGAGCUGGAUGGGCCCGCCUCGAAAGGCCUGCUUCGCCGUAACUUGCUACCACUCAUGAUGACGGAAGCAUCGGCCAUGUAUGCCGUGCUCCUCAUGGGCGCUUCUCACUUCGCCGUGGUACAGCCUACAAAGAAUGCUACGCUAGACCUACUACAUCUGAAAGCCCGAGCGUUGACCGAAAUCAACCUGGCGCUUGCCGACCAGAAGCGAGCAACCAGCGACGCUCUCAUUUCCGCCGUCAUGAAAAUGGCUGCGUACGAAGCGAUCUUCGGCGACUCAGCGACAUUCGCAGCGCAUAUGAGAGGCCUGAAGAUGAUGCUGAAGCUGCGUGGUGGGUUUCCAACUCUCGGUCUCAACGGGCUGCUCGAGCGCAUGGUACUCUGGGUCGACCUCAACGCUGCGUUCAUUACC